UGACAAUGGAUGCCAUUACCUCUCACCCCCUCGCCUCGCUCUUUGCCAUCACUGCAGUUGUUAGCUAUCUAAACGCCAAGUUCGCGAUAGGCUCUGAUCUCAGAGACAUACGGCACGCGCGAGACUUUGCGCGCCGGAAGCAGCGGAGAGUUGCUUGUGCUAAAAGAACACACUCUCUGUAUGAGAUCCUCGAGCAAUCAGGGGCCGGGGAUGGAGACGACGCGAUUUGGUUCGAGAGCAAAACGAAGUCCUACGGCCAGUUGAAAAAGGGCAUGUUGGUCUUCUCAAAUAUCUCGUAUCAGUUCUCUUUUUGCUAUCCCAUUUCUAGACUUGUUGAAACUGCGCCGAAGGUCGACCAACUCGCGGGGUUGCUGCAUGCUCGCAGCAUCAAGACUGGGGAUGUCGUGGCGGUGUUCAUGACGAACUCUCCCGAAAUGGUCGUGACGAUUCUCGCUCUCUCGAAGCUAGGUGCGGUGGCAAGCCUGAUCAAUACGAAUCUUCGGAACGACACCUUAAUCUAUGCUCUGGACAGAUCCAAACCGAUAUACAUACUGUCUACUCCUGAUUUGGCUCAGCAUGUCAAGGCUGAUCUCCCACAUAUCUCUCUGGAUUUAUCAUCUUUUACCCUUACAGCAGAAAAUCCGGUUCCACCCAACAUCGAAUUGAUUCGCUUCAAUGACCUCCAGAAUGCUAGCUAUGUAGACCUCAUUCCCGCUAAUCGUAGCCUCAUAGACAUGGCCGCUCUUAUAUACACGUCUGGAACAACUGGAAAGCCAAAAGCUUGUAUGUCAGAAACCCUUCAAGAUACUACCCGCUCCGGACAUACUCCCCACUCCCCACUCCCCUUGUUCCACGGCACCGCCUUCUUAGCAGGCUUAUGCUACAACCUGGGGUCUGCGGGGACCCUCUGCCUAGCUCGAAAGUUCUCCGCCUCGAGUUUUUGGAAAGACGCAACCGAAUGCAGGGCAAAUCGCAUUCUCUACGUAGGCGAACUAUGCCGUUAUCUCCUCGCAACGCCAACUUCUUCGUACGAUCGAUCUCACUCCGUUACACACGCUUUCGGCAACGGCCUCCGGGCUGAUGUUUGGGAGAAAUUCAGGCAACACUUCGGGAUCGAAGAGAUACGCGAAAUCUACCGUGCUACCGAAGGUAUAGCUAAGUUUGAUAAUCACGGUCGCUCCGCGGCCGGUGCAGGAAAAAUUGGAUUUGCAGGACCUAUCAAACGAUACUUGGAGGAUGUGACGUUUGUGGUCAAGUAUGACCCGGAGACGCAGAUGCCUGUUCGAGAUCCGAAGACAGGCUUUUGUAUUAAGGCGGACCUGGGUGAGGAAGGGGAGGUUAUUGGGCGCGUUUUGAAUUUGAAGCUACUGUCGAAUUAUUUGAACGAUGAUGCGGCGACUGAAAAGAAGCUCUUAAGGGAUGUAUUCCGAAAAGGGGAUUUGUAUCAACGAAUGGGUGAUUUGGUUAUUCAUGAAGAAUCUUGGUGGGUGAGAUUUCAGGAGAGGGUUGGUGAUACCUUUCGUUGGAAAGGGGAGAAUGUGAGUGCCGGGGAGGUAACGGGGCAUAUCUGCCUGCUUCCUAACGUGAUGGAUGCUGCUGUGUUUGGAGUUAAGCUUGAUGGUUACUAUGGCACAGCUGGCGGAGCGAUCAUUGUCUUACACUCACGCACGGAAGCGUCCGAAGAUGAAUUUAUCAACUCUCUCGGCUCUGCUCUGGCUAAGAGAGGAGUCCCAUCCUGCGCUCUACCGCGUCUUGUACGUAUGACCAAUAGCAUCGCAGCGGGGGACACAUUCAAGCAGGCCAAAACCAUUAUGGAAAGGCUAAGCUGGAAUCCGAAUUCCGUUCCACCUCCGGAAGUAAAGUCGGGUGGUGAAGAGGAGUAUCUAGAAGAGCAACUCCAGCAUGAUACGCUGUAUUGGUUUAAUCCUGCGAAAGGGUAUCGGCGGAUGGAUGCACGGGCUUGGAGUGGUAUUGAGAGGGGCACAGUGAAAUUGUGAGAACGUGGAACUAGAACAGGAGUGUCUGGAAGCGUUGGCCAUAUUAAUUUGCUUGAUCUCAAGGUUGGUUACAACAGGCACAAGUAUACGAUAUAUAUUGUCUAGGUAGAUAGAAAUUAAAGGAGUACUUUCCGUUGCAUGACUCCUGAAUCCAAGGCUGAAAAGGAAUCACUAUUUAGCGACCCGAAGGAAUGAAGAAGAUGCUCA